AUUAAAGAAAAUCAAGAGCAAAUCCGGGUAAAGCAUUCUGAGCAAAAUUUCAAAAAGUUUACUAGCUCUUACAGAGAUGGCAGCUCUGGCUAGUUGUAGUAAAGAGGUCACUUGUUCAAAAUUUUUAUUGCAUGUUGGUUUGUAUUAAUGCUAUUAUUUAUUUUCUAUCUGUUGACUGUCCUCUUACUUUUAGGAAACAAUUAUUUCGUACAACACAGAGUAAAAUAUAAAGCAAAAUAUAAAGUUUUGGACCUACAAUGGGUAUUUACACAUGUACAUAGAAAACGGCAAAAAAAUAUUUUAAAUUAAAUUUGUGGAAUAUUUUAAAGGAUCAAAAUACGACUUUCAUGAUGGUUUAAAGACUUCUUAAAUUCUGUUAUAACAGGGCUAUUAUUUAAGUUGUAUGUAACGGGUACUGUAAACAGUAAUGACAAUUCGGUGCAGAUAUUAAGUAGUAAUUAACGGCCUUUGUCGGCAUUUAACGUUCGAGUGUCGUUUUCGGAAUUAAUCAAAUACAACAAUGCAAUGGAAAAUACGAUUAGUUGAUAUGAUUUGCCUAUUCGUGCCUAAUACAAACGCGUGCACACGCAUGUAAGCUUUCUUUUUCCUAUAAUCGAAACAACGGAAGAGUGUGUAACCCUUGUAAUUUGUAUCACUUGUGCUUCGUAGCAUUACGGAAAUUCUGAAUGCAAUGAGGCGUCAUACUAAACCUAAUCAUAGUUUUAAUAUCUGUUUCUAAUGAAAUGGCCACGUUAAAGUGGAAUAAAAUUAGACUAAUUAGUUACGUCUAUCAUAUGCCAAUAAAUGGCAAUAAACCAAAAGGCAAAAAGCACCACCGAAUGAGGGAAAUUUUGGUGGUGAAUUAAACACAAAACCGAACGUCGGUUUCGUGACCUAGAGUCAGACGUAGGUGGAGUUGGUAGAAUACACCACCUCAUGAGAGGGGAAGAGUGAGUUUUGUUUAUCGAAAGCAGGGUGAUUUAUUGCGUUCCAGCAGAAUACUUAUAACGAGCAUUGCAUUUUUAGUACCAAGAAUCGUCCAUCUAUAAAGCCGGGAAGAACCAGAACAAGUGGCAAUAUUAAAUAACAUCCCUAAUGGUAUUUCUUACUUACAAUAUCAUUAUGAUCUGCAUGCCGAUAUUCUUUUUUCACUCAAACUACUUCAACUAACGCAGUAUAAGCUUGACAAGGGGGCCAAGUAUACUAGGAGUUGAUAUCUCAUAAAGUAAGACAGUUGCAGUCGUGGAAGCGAAACUGGACUGGACUAUAUUCCUAACAAACGUAGGUAUUCUAAAUUGAGAUGUUGGUAGGACUAUUAAUGGAAAUAUAUGUAAUUGUAGUAAGGAUGGUAUUAUACUAAGUACAUAUACACUAUCACACCUAAAUAUGUUGUCUGGAACCAAAAAAACAUGUAAAUCUGGUCUAAGUUUGCUUAAAUGCAUGGUCUCAAUAACCAAUAAUUGCGUCCUAUAACUAGCAUCCAAUUACCUCUCAGUCAUGGAGGCCAAUCUAACGGAUACAACAUAACUAUGCAAUACAAGUGCACUCUUUAGUAGCUACAUGCUUUUAUGUGUUUAUAGGACGAAAUUUUUCAAUUUUAGAUUACUGUAUCAGAUUUGAGCAGUGAGCUGAUUUCCUAGAGGUAACGGAAUCUAUGAAAUAGAUUAAGAUACAUUUCAUACCAUGUGUAAUGUGUUUUGGCAAAAACAGUAAGUUUUUUUAAUACUGCUUUCGUGCUAAAAAGUGAGAAUAUUAGAAAAAAAAUUGGUUGUCAAUUGUCAUUUUAGCACCGAGAAUUUUACAUUAUGGUGUAUUCAAUAUCCUAGUUUUUAUCUAAUAAAAAGUGCUUUCCCCUUUUCACGUUUAACCGAAAAUAAAAUAUUUUAAAUUACGCUGACAAUUUCAUAUUUUGGUAAAUGUUAUAGUAUCGCUACAGAACGCAGAUCUUUAUAUUAUAGAAGUUGUAUGGAAUUUUUAAAGUGGAAUGUACAUUUUGGACAUUAAACACGAUUGUGGACAUGGUCUAAUGCAUUACUUUUAUUUGUAUAACAAUAAAUCACAACUACAUAGGCGCGUCCAUGCACUGCUUUUACUUUCUUUUAAAUAGUAUAUCGUCGCAGUUCCUUGUAAACUUGAACGCUAGUCUACAAUGUACAUCCUCAGCAAUGCGUGCUCGGCCGAUACAGUUCACGUGAGGCCAUUACUAUGCAACCUUGCACCCUGCGCAAGCGCUUUUAAAGACUGAAAUAUUUUAUACAAGAUCUGUUUCAACUGCAACUAAUCAACUGAAAUCCGUCUUUUACGAAUGAAAUGUGGGACUGAAUGGUGCUCAUACCGCACGCAAGCAGUUCGUAAUUACGCUUUUUCACACACGUGAACGUGAAGUAGGUACAGCACUCGUUGCAAUUGGUAACAGAUAUGUGUCUUGCUUUUUACCUUGCAUUUUAUCGGAGAAAUUGGCUUGGAAAAUGGUUCUCGAUCAUUUUCAAGUUCAGUUACGUAAGUGCGCGUGCGGAGAAUUAGUGCGGAAUAGCGGAUGUUUGGUGGUGCUCGACGGCGAAGUGGCGCACAGUUAUAAGCUCUCACCCGCUCCACCGGCUGUCAGUUGCUGCUGGACCACCCUCAUACACGUUGAUGUUAAGUUUUAGUGUUGUGUGUGACAAAAAAAAAACGAAAAUGUGUUCCGCUUUCCGGAUAUACGUUGUAUCAGUUAUCUGUGUGGCAGUCGCCGCGGGCAAUGUGCACGGGCCUCGAAGAUCCCGUAGGAUGGAGGUCGACGAUUAUGCACAGAACGAAAUAGACAGUGGCCGAGCUGAGGACAGCUCGUGGUGGUGGACAUCUGAGUUCUCUGUUCUACAGAAACUCUACGACGAUUGCAGUGCACAGAAGCACAUGUCAAUGUGCUUGAAGGGCAAGGCUUUAAUGGCACUCACCAGAGCAGUGGAGCAGGAGAGCGUUCAGAUUGCCGAUGGGCUGACGUUGGUUAAGCAAGCUGACGCACCCUCCGCGAUUGCGGAGCCGCGCUUCUUCCCUGGCAUGUCCACAGAAGACAAGCUCGACACCAUGUUGCGAACAAGGUUCGAGCAAUUGAUGAACACACAUACUAUUUCUAUGGAUCUGGCUUCGGAAGGCAGGGGUAGAGGUAAGAAGGUCUUACCUUACCUGUUACUUGGUAUUUUCACCACUGUAACGAUUGUGGGAGGAAUGGCGCUUAAGACCUUAGCAGCAAUUGCCGGUAAAGCCCUGAUCGCCAGUAAAGUGGCUCUGACCAUUGCUGGUAUUAUCGCUCUGAAGAAAUUGUUUAGUCACGAUGGCGCUCCCGCUGAAACUACCUUCCAAGUACACGCAGACGGACACCAUAGGCGGAAUCUGUAUGUGGUGAGGCCAGCGAAGGCAGGCGCGGUGGAUCCGUACUUCUACGGCGAGCAGACGACGGCGAGCGUGUAGCCCUCGUCAACACGUCGGGAUCCGGCCGCGCCCGCCAGCGUCAGCCAGCUCACCACGCCAGGCGGCUCCACCACGCCGACACACAAAAUAACCUCAAACCAAAGUACCGUCCGCUCUCCGGACAUCUCAUCAGACGAAGCGAUCGUCCAUUCUCGAUUUCAAGUCUAUGUCAGUAAAUUAUUUAAUGUAAUUUAUUUAUUUGUGACUACAGUUGUAUGUUUAAUGUAAAUUAAUUUAUUAAAGUGAUGUAAGAGGUAAUAAUAAACGAUGUUACACUCAAUCUAGUUUCAUUCACAAACUACGAUAUGUCUUUAUUUUUUAAUCGUAACUUUCAAACAAGUCUAGCCGCAUUAAUAAGGCUGAUGUAACAUAAUAAGCUUUAUAACAUAGAUAUGAAAAUACGUUGAAGAUAUAGAGCUGAUGUUUAAAUUUUCUCUAAGGGGAUUAAUAUUCUAUAAAUCAUCUACCUCAUAUGAUUGUGUACAGGUUUACGAAGAGAUUUAAAUGCAUACGUUUUUUUAGCUGUAGAGCGCAAUUUUGUGUGUUCGACAUGCUGCAUGCAUUUUAAGAGCUGCAUAUGUUAUGUGAUCCUAACAAUGUUGAUAGUGUGCACGAGUUAACAUGCAUAUCACGUUUUUCAUACAUAGAUGGUGUUUUAAUUAUUGCCACGAGCAGCUUUCUUUACACGCUCUACUGGAGAGGAGUCCAAGAAAUGUGUCGAGAUUUUCCGUUAAUGUGGGUGCAACGGGUAUGAACGUGGAAAGUAGAAAGUUUUCAUCGAUUCACUGCACAUGCACGAAUACUGUUACAGUGCAUACCUAUUUAUUAUGAUAUUUUCUUUAUCGUAGCAUGUAUUAAUCGAGGCUAAGCGCGCUACUUACGCGUUCGAUUAGUUCAUUAGAGCCGAAUAAAUAAUCUGUUAAUGAAUGACGAGUUCCGUGUGUACAUGCAGUUAACUAGCUAGAUAGUCGACCAUUUUACAGGGAGAGGUACAGCGGAGUGUGGUGUAGCGUUUGUUCGGCUGCGGAAGGUCAGCUCGUUGAUUAGCCGUGCGCCGGUAAAGGCCGACCACAGUGCACGUUUGUGAGCCCGGACGCUGUUUAUAAUGCAGAUAUGUGUUUGCCCAAUCGCUGCACGCUACGCUGGCUAUAUGGCAUCGUUAAUGCGGCUGGCGUCUCUUUGCAUACGCAAAUAUAGGGCGGGCGGACCAACGCUGAUUAAGCGGUGCAGCAGCGGUAGCGCUCGCUUCAUUUCUGUAUCAGGAAUUGUGAGCCACUCUUGAUUAGUUUUAGCUUGUAUGUUUAUUUGUCAAACUCAUACGAUCUGUCUGUUUAUGAGUAGCAGAUUGAAUGAACUGUGUAUUGUGAUUGAAAAUUUGAUUUGUAAAAUAUGAUUGAUUGAUUUCCAUAUGAUAUACAAGUUUGUGAGUUCAGUUAGCUGAGUUAGCUCCAUAAUCCUGAGAAGUGGAUCAACACGCACGUCUUUGCAAUGUGCACUUGCGCAUAAUAUAUAUCUAUUAUUUUCUAAAUCAGUUUAAUGAUAAACGAUUUAUAUAGCUAAAACUGGUUCGAAACCUCAUCAGAAUAUCAGUAAUUCGCAGUUUUUAUGUUAUCCUUGCAAAGGAUUGCGGGAAAACUAAACAAUAACGAAAAUUUUAGAUUGUGACACGUAACUUGUAUUUAAAAAAAUAAAAAUAAUCCUUAGUCUAUAUACAGAUAUUUCUAACUAUGUGUUUAUGUAUCUGAGGCCUAGGUACUAGGCUAAAUUUGUAUGUAUCCAUGAUCAAUUUGUUACAACUGACGGGGGUUCUCCAGGGACAUCAGUGGGCAGCCGCGCCGUGCCUCUGGGCUAAUAUUACCUGCUUACUUACCUUAGCACCGGAGUCAGGUGUCUGUCGGGCAUCGCGCCACCCAUCUGCCGGCCACUCAAUACUUGAUGGGUGUCUACAUCUCGAAUUAGGACAUUCAUGUGAUGUCUCCAUAGAUUACUGAUUUAGUUGCUAAUGCAAAUUGUAGAUAGCUAAAUGUGCAUUCUAUAGUGCCAUGCUAUGUAAAAUGUAGAGUACAUAAAAUUGUCAAGGGUUUAGCUAAAAUAUCUUGAUAUUUUUAAUGUUUCAGGCUGGCUAGUGUGUAAAAAGUUAUAUACUUUUUUUGUAAAAAAAUGAGAGAGCAUUCGAUAAAUGCAGCUCUUUAACUACCACAAGAACUAGUUGGAAUUCGUUAAUGAGGUCAUGUCCGCUAAAAUCCAACUGUCCAACAUAUUUUCGUGUAUUAAAACAGUACCGUUGCAUUUUCUGAGUGUCCAUAUGUUUGUCUAGGUAAAUACUGAUCGCAAGGCUGCGGGCGUCACUUGUACAGCGAAGUUACUUUACGGGCGAAUGGUCAAAGUAUUCGACAUAAACCUAUUUUGUUCUCUUCUUAUAUUGGAUGUGCGCUCCCUUCUUCGCCUUCGCCCGCUGCCGCUGUCCACUGCUCUAGGGUUGCUCCUCUCUGGAUUUGGACAUGAUUUUAAUUAUUUUUAAGAGAAAUAUAAUAAAUCUGUUUUUUUAACGAGAGUUUUAUCAAUGUCGAAUAUGCUUAAGCUUAAGAAAAAGUUAGAUCGACCACAGAUAAAUAAUUAUUUUUUAAUAGAAUAUUUA